GUAACUUCAGAACAAGUUCUGCGAAGAACGCCUUGUGAGGGCUUUGCCUGAGGAGUGCUGUAAGUUCAAAGUGACUUCAAGAUACACAGCAAUGACAACAAGAAAAAUAAGUACUAGAAAAAUAUAUUUGAAGCUACAUCCCUGUGCACUUAAAGGGGGGAAAUAAGAUGUUGCUGUAGAAAGAGAGGCUUGGGAAACCAAGCAGAAGGCUACAGCAAUACAAAAACUGCUGUUCAGGAGGUUAUAUCCCUGAACCCCUGGCAUCAUAUUUGAAUUAUAAAUGUAAAAGAAUGGCAAGCACUCUACCUCCCAAUCCUAGAUCAGACACAGGGGAGAAGUUACAUCAGUGUAUGGAGUGUGGAAAACAAUUUGAUAGGGAAAGUUCUCUUACUGUACAUGAACAGACCCACACAGGGGAGAAGCCACAUAUAUGCAUGGAAUGUGGAAAGAGCUUCAGUUGGAGUGGCACCCUACGUAGACAUCAAAGGACGCACACAGGGGAGAAGCCCUAUGAAUGCAUGGAAUGUGGAAAAUGCUUCAGUGAGAGAGGCACUCUACGUUCCCAUCAAAGGACGCACACAGGGGAGAAGCCACAUAAAUGCAUGGAAUGUGGAGAAAGCUUCAGUCAGAGUGGGACUCUUCAUUACCAUCAAAGGAUCCACACAGGGGCGAAGCCAUAUAAAUGUAUGGAAUGUGGAAAGAGCUUCAGUCGCAGUGGCAGUCUACGUUCCCAUCAAAGGACGCACACAGGGCAGAAGCCAUAUAAAUGUAUAGAACGUGGAGAAAGCUUCAGUGAGAGUGGCACUCUACGUUCCCAUCAAAGAACGCACACAGGGGAGAAGCCACAUAAAUGCAUGGAAUGUGGAAAGAGCUUCAAUCAGAGUGGCCAUCUACGUAGGCAUCAAAGGACGCACACAGGGGAGAAGCCCUAUGAAUGCAUGGAAUGUGGAAAAUGCUUCAGUGAGAGUGGCCAUCUACGGUUCCAUCAAAGGACGCACACAGGGGAGAAGCCACAUAAAUGCAUGGAAUGUGGAGAAAGCUUCAGUCACAGUGGCACUCUACGUUCCCAUCAAAGGACGCACACAGGGGAGAAGCCACAUAUAUGCAUGGAAUGUGGAAAGAGCUUUAGUCAUAGUAGCACUCUACAUUCCCAUCAAAGGAUCCACACAAGGGAGAAGCCACAUAAAUGCAUGGAAUGUGGAAAAAGCUUCAGUCAGAGUGGGACUCUUCAUUACCAUCAAAGGAUCCACACAGGGGCGAAGCCAUAUAAAUGUAUGGAAUGUGGAAAGAGCUUCAGUCGCAGUGGCAGUCUACGUUCCCAUCAAAGGACGCACACAGGGGAGAAGCCAUAUAAAUGUAUAGAACGUGGAGAAAGCUUCAGUGAGAGUGGCACUCUACGUUCCCAUCAAAGGACGCACACAGGGGAGAAGCCACAUAAAUGCAUGGAAUGUGGAAAGAGCUUUAGUCAUAGUAGCACUCUACAUUCCCAUCAAAGGAUCCACACAGGGGAGAAGCCACAUAAAUGCAUGGAAUGUGGAGAAAGCUUCAGUCAGAGUGGGACUCUUCAUUACCAUCAAAGGAUCCACACAGGGGCGAAGCCAUAUAAAUGCAUGGAAUGUGGAAAGAGCUUCAGUCGCAGUGGCAGUCUACGUUCCCAUCAAAGGACCCACACAGGGGAGAAGCCAUAUAAAUGCAUGGAAUGUGGAGAAAGCUUCAGUGAGAGUGGCAAUCUACAUUCCCACCAAAUGACUCACACAGUACAGAAGCCAAGAAAUGCAUAG